ACUCCAGUUAUCGUAGUUCCACUCAUCGUCACACUUUCCAUCAGACUUUCCAGGGAGUUGUGUCCCUCCAGUAGUCAUGCUCAAGUUUGUUGUCUCCCUCGUGGUGGUGUUGGCUGUCACGGAGGCAGUGAAGUUACAUCCCAGCAAAAUUAAAUUUGCCAGGAAACGAGCUUUAACCAAACGACAAGCUGGGACAACUUGUGCCGAAAACCAGUUCUUGUGCACUUCCGGUGAGUGCAUCCUAGCGGAGUGGGCGUGCGACACACAAGCCGACUGUGAGGAUGGGUCCGACGAAAAAGACUGUCAAUGCAUGUGUAGAGGUGAGCACAAGUUUCAGUGUGAUAACGGUAAAUGUAUCUCAACGUCCUUUGUCUGCGAUGCUCAUGACGACUGUGGCGAUGGAAGCGAAGAGGUGGACUGCCACUUGAGAACCUGUAAACCCGGGCAGGUGCGAUGUGACAACCACAAGUGCAUCGAUGACCACCGUGUGUGAUGGCUUCAACGACUGUAACACUGGCUUGGGAUGAGAGGGAUUGUGACCCCAAUGCCUGCAGAUCCUGGCAAGUACUUUGCCCGGGCACCACCAUUUGCAUCGACGCCACGUGGACGGUGUGAUGGCGACGACGACUGUGGUAACGGAUGGGACGAGAGCAACUGUGAAACCUGCCCCAGGGUGGGUUACGUCCUUUGCGCUGGCACCACGAAGUGUAUUCCCUCGGACUGGGUCUGCGAUGGCUGGGCACACUGCCCCGGGGGUACUGAUGAGGAGAACUGUGGACCCAAAAGGAUGCAACGCAACUGCAGAGCACACGUGUCCCAACGGAAAGUGCAUCCCCUGAGUCACGUGUGUGACCAUGGCGACGACUGUGAUGACGCUUCAGACGAAAGUGGAUGUCCUGACCUCCACCCUACCACGUGUCGUAACCGGAUGACGUUGCAGGGGUGCGUGGUGAUGAACGACACCAUCACUCCUAUCUGUCUGGACGACGAGCUGGGCUUCAAGUACUGCCGCCAUUACUGCAACCUGUGUCUACCCGGCGAGUGAGACCCCGAGUGUGGGAGCAACAACUUAUUUCUUCCAUCUCCUUCGUGAAGGAGCACAGACAAACCUGACUACAGACAUCGUGAAAUAUUUGUGGGACUGGAUAGGGAGACCAUCUGCUGUCGUCUUGACAGCCUUUUACACAAUAGAAAAAUGCUUUGCAUAUUCUGGCUAAUUUCUGAAAUAAAAUUAUAUAUGUGUUAGA